AUGAAGUCUAAGAUGAUAGAAAAAGAUUAGGAUCUUUGCUGCUCAUAGAACCAUAAUCUUCCUAUUUUAAUGGUUAUAAGUGAUAAAAAUUUUGAUUCUAAACAAAGACUUUUAUGUAGGGAAUGUAUGGAAAAUACUGAUGUGAAUUUUAAUAUGAUGAUGUUUAAAAAGGUUCUUUAAGAAAUUGAGCAAAAUCAAGAGAGAAGGAAAGAUUUUGUAGAAAGUGAGAUAAUGAAGAAUGUCAAAAGGCUCCAUCGCCUUCAUAAUGUUUUGAUUCAAUUAAGGUCUAAUGUAAUUUAAAAUCUAGACAAAUUAAUUAUAAAUUCAUCAGAAUGGAUAAACGAUUUAUAUUUGACUGGUUAACAAAACAUGAUUUAUAGCUUUUUUGGAGAAUUAGAAAAAUUGAUCGAUAAAACUAUAACUAAUGAUAUUGAUAUAAAUUCUUUGAUCAAGUAAAUAUUAAGUAUAAAUUAUUCAUGGAAUCAAAAAAUUCUUAAUGGAUUGAGCUUUUUUAGCACUUUUAAAGAAAGUGAAAUAUGCACCCAAUUAUUAAAAGAUAUUCGAACUGAAAAUUAAUAGUAAGAAAUUAAAACAAGUUUAAGUAUUAAAUAAUUCGAAAUACCUUACAAUUCAACAAAUAAAUAAUUCGUGUUCUAAAAUGACUCAAUAAAAUUUAGUGAUUAAUAACAAGUUGAAUUUAAGUUUAUAGAGCAUUUGGGAAGCCAAGUUAGAUAAUGUUGGGCAAUUGUAUUCAAUAAAACAGGUUCUAUUAUGGUUUCAACAGAUAAUAGAGAUAUAAAAAUAUGGAAUUUCACUUAAGGAAGAUUAAAAUUAUAAAACACCUUUUAGGUGCAUAAAAAUGAUGUUAAAUGUUUAGUUUAUAGUAAAAAAUUUAAUAGCUUUAUUUCUGGUUCUCUUGAUUAAACAAUUAUCUGUUGGAAAUAGAUUAAUCAAAAUGAUUGGAAAUGGUCAUUCCCAAUUUAUUCACAUACGAGUGAUGUUUAUUGUCUUCUCUUAAAUUAACAAGAAAAUGAACUUAUUUCAGGAGAACAUGAUAGUUCUAUUAAAAUUUGGAAUGUUGACUUUAUUAACAAUAAGCUAACAUAUCUUUAUUCCUUAAAUAAACAAAGUAGUCUUUCUUAUCAAUUAAGUUUAAAUCAAUCCGAAACCAUGAUGGUUUAAUGUAAUUUUGAAGAAUUUACCAUUUGGGAAAAAGGACAAACACUAAAAUGGUGUUUUAAAUAUAAAAAACCCGCACCAAAUGGAUUGAAAGUGCUUUUCUUGAAUGAUUAUCAAUUUCUUUGGGUAACUAGAGAUAAAAAUAUUGAUUAAAUUUUGGUUUUUGAAUAAGUAGAUGGAGUUUUUAUACAGAAUUAUAAGAGAAAAAUUUAAUUAUUAUAAAAUGAUUAAUGUGAGGAUGAUCCAUUCUUUCCUAUAGUGUAUAAUCUUUAUAAGAAUAUGAUUUUAGUUAGACACAAAUAUCAAAUUUAUAUAAUUAGAAAAUAAAAAGAUGGGAUAUUUUCUAUUAUAUCAUCAUUAAAUUGUGGAAGUGAUUAAAUUUAUGGUACGAUGACAGAUAACGCUAAAUAUUUGGUAUGUUGGGUAUAAGAGUAACAACAAUACUCUAUAUUUUAGUUAUUCGAAAAAUGA